CAGACAUGCACUCCGGACCGCUUUCCCGAUCUGUUCAUGCCACACCUGGCGGGACACAGUACUCCGUGUAUUGUGGAGCAGCAUGGUCGUUUAUCAGUUGAGCAGUUGCGCUCGCUGACGUUCCUGUCUUCAGCAUAUCCAUCAUGGCUUCAGGCACGCACCCAGCAGAUGUCCCCGAUUGGAACAAUCUCAAUGUCCUGCACAAAGGGACACUUCCCGUUCGUGCCUACUUCCACAACUACGCAUCUGCGGCCGAUGCACUCACGUAUGAUGUGAGCAAAUCUAAGACGCACAGCCUCUCUGGAACAUGGAAGUUUGAACAUGCCUAUUCGCCUUUCGAGGCCCCCGAAGGCUUCGAAGCGCCUUCGUACGAUAUCUCCAAAUGGAGUGACAUCACAGUACCUGGAAUGUGGCAACUUCAAGGCUACGGCAAGGGCCCCCAGUACACCAACGUUCAGUACCACAUUCCCGUUGACCCUCCUAAUGUUCCCUUCACGGAGAACGAGACUGGCUCCUACGUAAGAACGUUCAAAGUCCCUGGAGACCUCCAAGACGGCCAAAUCCGUCUCAGGUUUGAAGGAGUUGACUCUGCCUUUCAUGUCUGGGUCAAUGGCAAGGAGGUGGGAUAUUCUCAAGGAAGCAGAAAUCCCGACGAAUUCGACAUUACCUCGGUUGUUGACAAGGGCGGCGACAAUACUCUCGCCGUCCGGGUGUAUCAGCACUGCGAUGGCACAUACAUUGAAGACCAGGAUCAAUGGUGGUUGUCUGGAAUCUUCCGUGACGUAUUUCUUGUUGGCUUCUCCAGCGAGUCUCGAAUUGAGAAUGUCUUUGCGCAGACUCUCCUCGACUCCUCGUACACAGAUGCGGAGCUCAAGAUCAAAGUCAGCACUACUGGGACAGGGAGGGUUUCCGUAAAGCUCUUGGAUGCAGAGAAGCAGCCCAUUGCUUCGAAAGAGGCAGAUGCGAGUACGGGAUCAACAACGGAUUUCAGCAUCUCUGUCGAGAACCCUUCCAAAUGGACCGCAGAGUCGCCGAAUUUGUAUCAUUUGCUGGUCUCGCUUGAUUCGGUUCAGCAUGUCGCUCACCGAGUUGGAUUCAGGCAGGUCGAGAUGAAAGAUGGUCUCAUUAAGGUCAAUGGUAAGCGUGUCGUAUUCCGGGGUGUCAAUCGCCACGAGCACCACCCCCAAUUCGGAAGGACUAUUCCACUCGACUUUCUUAAGCGCGAUCUCCUGACUAUGAAGCAAUACAACGUCAAUGCCAUCCGCACGUCGCAUCAGCUUAAUGAUCCACGACUAUACGACCUUGCAGAUGAGAUGGGCUUCUGGGUCAUCGAUGAAGCAGACCUGGAAUGUCAUGGAUUCGAAUGCAUCGCCGAUGCAGCACUGACAGGCCAGGAGCGCGCGCUCCCGUUCCGUGAACGACAGCUCUUGACGAGGGCUAAGGCUGCUGAGUGGACUACAAACAACCCCGACUGGACUCAAGCAUACAUUGACCGUGCCGAACACUUAGUCAAGAGAGAUCAGUUGCAUCCUUCCAUCAUUAUCUGGAGUCUAGGGAAUGAGGCCUUCUUCGGCCAAAACUUCAAAGCCAUGUACAACCACAUCAAAGCGUACGAUGACAGCAGGCCCAUCCACUACGAAGCAGAUAUCUACGCCGAAACCAUGGACAUGUACUCCAGGAUGUAUCCACCGAUCGACGAGAUCAUCAAGUUCGCCCAGGACACAACGAAGACCAAGCCUCUUGUACUCUGCGAGUUCAUCCAUGCCAUGGGCAACGGCCCAGGUAACAUUAAGGAGUACAUUGACGCCUUCUACAAGUAUCCUACUCUUCAAGGUGGGUUCGCAUGGGAGUGGGCGAACCACGGUCUCCUCAUCAAGGACAAUCAGACAUCUGAGGAAUUCUACGCUUAUGGCGGUGACUUUGGCGAAGAGGUCCACGACGGCACUUUUGUCAUGGACGGUCUUGUCAACUCUGAUCAUUCUCCAAAUGCUGGCUUAGUCGAGUACAAGAAAGCUAUCGAGCCUGUGCAGCUUCUCGAAACUGAUGGAAAGAAGGCCACUUUCAUCAACAGAUACGACUUUGUCACACUCGAUCAUCUGACAUUACAGUACUCCACUGUUUCUGAAUCUGGCACAGACAAUAAGACCGGGACUCUUGAGAUUCCGUCUGGAGUUGUGGCGGGUCAAACUUUUGCUAUUGACCUACCACAAGUUGGUGGACCCGAGGGUGAGGUAGUCCUUAGCCUUUCAUUCCAGUUGAAGAACAGUACGUCAUGGUUGGAGAAGGGCUUCGAGAUUGCCACUGCACAAGUGCCAGCUGCCUUAUCCCCACUUUUGAAGACAUUGUCUACCUCUAGCGGCAAACUUGAACUCGACAAUUCCACGAGAAACGUCCUCAAGAUCAAUGGAGGCAAGUCAACAUGGAUCUUCAAUAUCUUGCAUGGGACCCUGAACUCUUGGAGCCAAGACUCUACCGAGCUCAUCUCGAAGGCACCAGAGGUUGACGUUUUCCGUGCGCCUACUGACAAUGACACCCCUCAAGAUGGCUGGGACUGGAACGACAAAAAGCUCAAUCUCGCGAAGUCUUUCACUCGCAAGGUCGAAUGGUCACAGUCAGGAGAUUCAGAACUCCAGGUCACAGUGCACCAGCGCAUUGCCCCACCCGUCCUAUCGUGGUCGAUCGACAACAUCGUUCUGUACACCUUCAGGGGCGAUGGAUCUUUAUCAAUCAGGGUCAACGGCAUCCCGCAGGGCGAGAAUCUCCCGCGCACACUCCCCCGAAUCGGAAUUGUUAUGGAAUUGCCUCCACAGUUCCAAAAUGUCGAAUGGUUCGGCCGUGGUAAGGGCGAGUCCUAUCGCGACAGCAAGCUUUCUCAGCUUGUUGGCAAGCACAAUGUCUCCAGCGUCGACGAGCUCUGGGUCGAUUACGAAGUGCCUCAGGAGAGCUCAAAUCGUACCGAUACUCGAUGGGUCAAGGUCGGCGAUGGCAAGAAAUCAUUGCUUGCGCAAUUUGUUGAUGUCAAAAACGACAGCAAAAACAGGAAGACCUUCGAUUUCCAGGUUAGCCACUACCGCAUGAAAGAUGUCGCUGAGGCUAAGCAUCCUCAUGAGCUGAGGAAGAAGAAGAGGGACGAGGUUAUGCUGAGGCUAGAUGCAGAGCACCACGGUUUGGGCAGUGGCAGCUGCGGACCGAGGACGCUCGAUGAGUACGCGCUUCUGACUAAGCCGUUCGAGUUCGAAAUCUUGCUGCAGCUUGAGUAGAACCGUGGCAUUGAUAUGGGAGAAGCACAAGAUAGUUUUGUAGACUGCAAGUCUGCUUCACGACUGAGACUUAUGACAAAAUUUGCAUUGGUAUGAUGCACUACG